AUGACUGGUCCCAACGGGUUCGAAAUCCAGGGCAGUCAUUUGCCUGUGGCUCCUCCAGUCCCACAGGAGAUCCUGAAGGCUCUGGAGCAGAACGCAGCUGAUGAAGCAAUAAGCUGCCUUCUUCCAGAUCGUCAACAGAUCCAGGCUAGGUACGUGGCUGGUGUCAACGGAUUUGAGAUUCAGGGCAGCCAUUUGCCUGUGGCUCCACCAGUUCCGCAGGAGAUCCUCAAGAAAAGGCUGAGAGAGAAUACUCCUACACCAGGAUAUGUACGUUGCUGGUAUCAACGGUUCGAAAUCAAGGUGAGUCAUUUGCCUGUGGCUCCUCCAGUUCCACAGGAGAUCCUCAAGGCUUUAGAGCAGUACGCAGCUGAUGAAGCUAGGAGAGUAUUGGACGAUGGCAAUACUAUGUGCGUGGCUAGUCCCAAUGGGUUCGAAAUCCAGGAAAGUCAUUUGCCUGUUGCUCCUCCACUCCCACAGAAGAUCCUCAAGGCUUUGGAUCAGAACGCAGCUGAUGGAGCUUGUGGCGUAGUGGACUAUGGGCAAUACUCUGGACAAUUAGCUGUUGAUCAAAUCCAUUGUUAUUUAUUUUGGGAUCUAAAUAAAUAUUCCAGCCACUAUGUGUACUGUGAAACUAUCCCUAUCGUUUAUACCCAGCUACAAAUCGUGAUGGUUCUACUGGACUCUCUGUCAAAGAGUGGUUACUUACUCAAGGGCAUCUUGGCGUUAGGACCUGGCUCAGUCAAAGAAAAUGGUAGCAGCGCUGAGACAGAAUACUCCCACCAUAGACUAGCUACGUUGCUGGUGUCAACGGGUUCGAAAUCCAGAGCAGCCAUUUGGUUGUGGCUGCUUCAGGCCCACAGGUGA